GCGUCGCAAGCGUUCGCGGUCGGGCGCUCGCAAAUUUUCACCUUUUGGCGCAACUGCCGCGCAAGUGGGCGUGCGGGCGGCAGUUGCGACUUCCUGCCUGUCGCGAUGAUGAUGAUCGUCGCGGAUGAUGCUUAAGCCGCGCGUGUGCGUGAGCGCGUGCACGUGUGUAUACGACACACGUACUCGCUCGCUCGUUCGCGGGAUGCGACCGCCGGCGAACGCGAGGCGAGGUGGAUAUAUGAAUGAAAGCCGCGCGAACGCCGCGCGCGCACGCACUCACACGUCGGCGAACAAAACCAGCACAAUGCGACGGUGACCGCAUAAUGGGCCCCAUCUUACCGGGACACCCGAUGUGGUUACAGGUCAAUCAACCCAAGCCCGAAGUGCGUAGCGCAAAAUAGUCCGCCCGAAAUUGCGCCGCGGCGAUCGCGCGAGAGAGAAACUUCCCCCGAAACUCACUCCCUUUAGACAUUCCACUUUUUUCCCCUUUCUUACGAACGUCUCUGAUUUUUAGCGAGAAAAUGGGGAAGUUUCGGGGCACAAUGCGCAGUUCCGCGGUGAGAUAAAAUUAGGAGCCACAAUCGGGGUAUAAAGUAAAGGAAGCACGAUAAGACGAAAGACGAUAUCACGUGUCAGAUUAAGCUGGGUUGCGCAGUAUUGCGCGGUCUAAUUAAAUAUGCGCCGAUUAAGUAGCAUCAAGCGGAUCAGAGACGCGAGGAAUGAAGGUGAGUCGAACAUGAGGAAGAGACACGUAGCUUCGUUCAAGGCUGCGCGUACGGUGUGUAGGCAUGAGCACAACGGGCACGCGAGCGAGCGGUCGAGUGCACCUGCGAGACGCGGAGGUCCUCGCGAGCUCUGCUAUCCCAGUUUUCAGUCCGCUCGCGAAGCGCGCGAACGCCGUUUCUCUCCGUUGCGAAACGCCGCUCUCGUCCCCGUGCGAAUGCUCGUCCUGCCGCAAUGUCAUCGCGCUGAAAUUUCUCGCCGAUUAUCCAACAAACACGUGUUUGCGUGUGCAUCGGCUGAGCCUGAAACUCGCAAUUUUGAGCACCCUCCGCGGUACUCGACUUUGUUUUCUCGGUCGCCCGACACGCCGGGUCGGAUCUGCCUUGAUGAUGUUUCGUUGGUAUUUCGUAUUUAUGCUCGAGUGAUAUAGCAGCGAGACUGAAGUGCGAGCUCGGCGAAACUUGAAGCGAGGUCGAGGGGGCAGAUUUCCGGGCGUUUGGUGAACCGCGGCGGGACAUGACGAGCGUGUUGUAUCCUGAAGGUUUAAACGCCGCCAUUCCGCAGGACGACAGGAGCUGCCGCAGCGAUGACUCCGGCGGCGAGGUCUUCAGGAGCAUCCCGAAGAACAGCAGCACCUUCCGCGUCUGGAAGAUCGAGGGUCUGCGAGCAACAGCCGUGCCUGGCAGCAACAUGGGCUUCUUCUUCACCGAGUCGGCGUACAUCGUCUACGCCGUGUCAGCGAAGGACGGCGCUCUUCCUUACCCGGGAAUGCCGAUCAAAGACCUGAAGGGCACCGCGGUGGUGCGCGCCAUCCACUUCUGGAUCGGCUCGAGCUGCGACUCGACGGCGUCCGGCGCCGCGGCGCUCCGCGCCGCCGAGCUCGACUCCCAGAUGUCGGCGACGAUCCUGAUGCGGGAGGCGCAGGGUCGCGAGAGUCCCAGGUUCCUCGCUUACUUUCGGCAGCGUCUGGUCAUCGAGAACCUGCACUUCGAGACAUCCGCCUGCACCCUUCAUCGCGUCUCCGGUGUGGCCGUGCCGAUCUUGACCGAGCUGGAGAGGGUGCACUGGGAGCACUUUAGCUCCAGAGACGUCAUCCUGCUGGACGUUCGGGCAAACGGAGUCGUCUUCUUGUGGCUGGGUUCAUUGUCGGAGCCACUGCACAAGCGGCACGCGGCCAGUCUGCUGGAGUCUAGGAAGGAAAACAACAACGGCCAACGCGUGGUGGUGGUCGAAGACGGCUACGAGCAGACGCUACCUGGCAACGACAGAGAGCUCUUCAGCAGCAUGCUGGAGCCGUCGGCGAGGGUAGUGGCACCUGAUCGCCAGCACCGCGUGAACCCACCCAGCCCCAUCAAACUCUACCGAUGCAGCGAACAAUCGGGCAAAUACAAGGUCGCCGAGCUCAAGUCCGGCCCGUUGCUGCGUAACGACCUAACUUCCGCUUCAGUCUAUCUGGUGGACCGCGGCGAAGCCGGAGUUUGGGCAUGGGUGGGUCGUGACGUGAACGCUCGCGAGAGCCUGGAGGCGGUGAGGAAUGCGCGCGGCUUCGUCAAAAAGAAGAAUUACAGCGACGGCAUGCCGGUCGCCAGAGCGACCGAGGGUCAUGAGCCGGCGGAGAUGAAGGCGUUGCUGAGAGGCUGGGAGCCGUCCAAGACGAGACCGUUGACCUUGCCGUUGAGCUUCGAACCUGAUUACAUGAACGAACGACCCAGGAUGGCGGCGGAGUGUCAACUGGUGGACGACGGGUCCGGAGAGAGGAGCCUGUGGCGGGUGGAGCAGAAGGAAGGCAUGGUCGAGGUGGACGAUAGGGGCAUUUACUAUGCGCAGGCCUGCUACGUGAUGCUGUACAAGUACGGCCAAGGACGGAGAUGUCGCAGCAUUGUUUACUGCUGGGAGGGUGUCCACUCCGUCAAAGUGGAUCGAGACGCGGCAAUGACGGUAGCCUGCCGCUUAUCCGAAGAAACGAAUGCGCAAUUAGUAAAGGCGUCUCAAGGUAGGGAGCCGCCUCAUCUCCUGCAGAUUUACGACGGAAAGCUGAAGAUACUCGCUGGACGUCAUCGCGAUUCGCCACCGAACAAAUAUCUGGUCAGAGUGUUCGGAUCGACGCCGUAUACCUCAAAGGCGGUGGAGCGGCCGCUGCGAGCCAGCAGCUUGGACUCCAGCGCGGUGUUCAUUCUCUUCUCCAACUCGCCGGUCGUCUGGUGUGGCGGCAAGAGCACCGGCGACGCCAGACAGGCAUCGCGACGUCUUGCACCCAGGAAUGCUCCUCUCAUCGUCGAAGGCAAAGAGAGCGAUGACUUCUGGAUCGAGUUUGGAGGAAGAGGCACUUACAGCACGGAGACCGAGGAAGUUGGCGAAGAGCUGGACAAGCAUCUGUUCCAGUGCAGAACCGAGAACGGCCUUUUCGUGGGCGAGGAGGUCCUCGGAUUUCGGCAGAAUUCUCUGAUACCGGAGGCCGUUUGGCUAUUGGACACUGGCAACGUGAUCUGGGUGUGGGUGGGCAAGUUCUCCAGCCCGCGGACGCUGCAGGAGUGCGUCGAGGACGCCACGGUGUACCUCUACACGCACCCUUCCGGUCGAAAUCGCAAUACGACAAUUUCUAUAAUCAAGCAAGGUUCGGAACCGGCCACAUUCAUCGGGCUCUUUGACAACUGGAAUCACAAUCUGCUGAGGGAUUAUAAAUCAUUCGAGGCUUUCUGCGGCCUACUGGAAGAUAGGGAGCAACCGGUAAGGACUCAGACAGCCACAAAGGUAACCACAGACUUUGACAAUUAUAUCAAGUAUCCAUUGGCGGUGCUGAAGAGCGAACCGGAGAACUUGCCGGCCGGCGUUGAUGUGCGACGCAAAGAGAUGCAUCUGACCUUCGACAACUUCAUCGCGAUCUUCAAGAUGGAGCCCGCAGAGUUCGAGAAGCUGCCAGCUUGGAAAAGACAGCGGCUCAAGCAAGCCGCUGGGCUCUUCUAACGUUUAACAUCUUUCCCAAAAGU